AUGGCUGCAAUUUCUUCCUCUUCUCCAUUUGGAAAAGUUCCAAAUCAUCAUUUAUUUGAAACAUCAGAAUUACCCAACCACCAUUUUGAAUUAAACAAAACAACAAACAGAAUUUUUGAUUCUUCUGAUUGUUUAACUAAUCGACGUUUUGGAAUUUCUAACGAUUUUUAUAAAAAUUCGAGAAUUCUUCCAAAUACCGAAAAACUUCGUUAUAUUGAUGAAGAAUUUAUUGAAAGUGAACAAAUUGGUGUUAAACACGAUAAUAAAGACAUUUUUAAUGUUGCUGCUUUUAAUAAAAGUUUUGCUACAGAAAAAACAUUUGAACAAUUAAAGAGAAAUGAAGAAGAAGAAAAACAACAAAAACAACAAACACGGCUACAAAUACAACAAUUAGAGAAACAUAAAACAUUUGAACAAAACAUUAAUGUUUAUAAAAACAUUUAUUCAUCAGAAUUUAUUAAUUCUGAAAUAUCAGAAAAUAAAGAAAAAAUUAGAGAAAGAGAAUUGUUAGAGAAAAUAAAUUUUGUUAAUGAAAUUAAAGCUGAAAAUAAUAUUGAGGAUAAAAAAUCAGAAAAGAAAAAGAAGAAAAGGAGAAACAGAAAAACUAAUUUAGGAGAUGAACUUUUUGAUUUUGAUGUUAAUAAUAAUAAUGAGUUGGGAAUCCAUACAACUUUAUUACUACGUCAACAACCAGCAUUACGAGUCAAAGCAAUAAUUGAGAAAUUACUUUACACUUCUGGACGAGAACAGAGAGGGGCUCUCUUUACUUUAAAGAGCCUUUUUCAGGAAGACAAGGACCUUGUACAUGCUUUUGUACAAAAUGGGGGCCUUGAAGCACUUGUUAAAUUGGGCCGUGGAAGUGAUCAAAACCAUCAAAAUCACAUUUUAAGAGCUUUGGGGCAGUUAAUGCUUUAUGUUGAUGGAAUGAAUGGAGUAAUUGCUCAUAAUGAUACAAUUUGUUGGUUAUAUGAAUUGCUAGAUUCUCCUCUCUAUGACAAACAAAACUUUCGUUCACUCAGUACUCCACAUGUUUCUUGGGUGCGUGUUUUUAUGUUUUUGCUGUUAUUUUUUGUUUACCGACUUGUUGUCAAAACAGCGUUAAAAUUGCUUUUAGUUUUUGUUGAAUAUACAGAACCUAAUUCUCUUCUUUUUCUCGCGGCUAUUUCGAAAGUGGAGAGAGGAAAAAACCAACCAGAUUGGUGCAGCCUUAUGCGAAUUUUAAAUGAUGUUCAGGCCAGCGAUCACGAAACUCUUGUUUUUGGAAUGACUGUAAUAAAUAAAACUUUACAUGGAGUUCCUGAUCAAGAUACAUAUUUUGAUGCAAUUGAAGCUCUCGAAAGUCAAGGAAUGAAUGAUUCUUUAGCCACCCUUUGCAAAUUAAACAAUACCCAAUUAAGCCAACAAUGUGCUUUAUAUGAACAAGAAUUGAGAAGGGAAGAUGCCGCUAUUGAAAGCGAUACAUCUUCGUUAGGUGGAGGGGCUUCUAAUGGCGCGCAAAAUUGUGUGGCCAAAAUGAGAUUAAACGGAAAUGCUGUAGCCACUGAUCGGCGUAAUCAAAUGCGCAAAAAACAAUUAGAACACGAAGAAAUAAUGAUUCGUCAACAACAAAAUGCUAAAAAAAUAUUUAAUAAUAAAAUUGAAGAACAACAACAAAAACUACAAGAAACACCAAAACACCAACAAAUAUUAACUAAUGGAACUAGUGCUUUACACAAACAAAUAGUGGUGGAACCUUCAAAACAAAGAUUGGAAAUGAAUGCAACUUUGGAUGAAAUGGCUGAUAAAUUCCAACAAAGUUUAAAUAUCGAAGCUAAAAAACAACAGAAAAUAUCUGAAAUGAAUAUUAUAAAACCUGAAAAGUUGGAAUUGGAAAAGGAAAAUAUUGAUGAGCCUUCAUCACCGGAAGAAACUAAACCUCCUCCCGUUAAAGCACCCCCUCCAAUGAUCCCAACAAAUAUAUUCUCUCCAACUGAACACAAAAGUAUGGACUUCCCUGAACCUCCACCAGUUAAAGAAUUAACACCGCCUCCACCUGAGCCUUCUAAACCUAAAAAGGUAAUUAUUGCUGAUGAUGAUGAUGGAGGUGGCGGUGGAGGGUUUGCAGCAAUGCUUCAAAGAAGGGCAAAGAAAAUGGAGAGUGGAUCAAAUCUUCGAAAAUUGGUUGAACCUAAAGCUUCGGAAUCUGAGCAGAAAUGGAAAGAAGCUGGGGAAAGACUUAAAGAGAAACCUAUGAUAAUUAACGAUCUAGACUUCUCAGAAUUUAUUUCUGAUUUUGAACAAGAUCCUCUUGUUUUAACUAAAAUGGCGCAAAUGGCACAGGAUAGGGGAUUGUUGCCUGGCGGCGGUGGAGCACCUCCUCCACCUCCACCAUUAGUUGGAGCACCUCCACCACCACCUCCUCCAAUGGCUGGAGGUGUCCCUCCACCACCACCAAUGGGCCUUCAAGCUCCAGGCUCAGGAAAUCGUUCACUUCGAGAGCCUUCCCCAGGCCCAUCUUCUUCUAAAAAUUCUUUGCUUAAAUUACAUUGGAAAGAAGCUCAACACGAAGCCCCUCCAGUACCUGCAUUAAAAAGAAAAGGAACAUUUUGGUCAAAAGUAUCUGGACAGCCAGCACAGAUUGAUACAACAAAGUUGGCUAGACUUUUUGAACAAAAACCGAAAGAAGUUGUUGUUAAGAAGACUGGAACAGAAUCAAAACCACAAAUGUUACAAGUAUUGUCAGUCAAACGUUCUCAAGCCAUCAAUAUUGGAUUAACUAAAUUGCCCCCUGUUAAUGUCAUCCCAACAGCUAUUAGAAAAUUUGAUGCAACAGUUUUAAAUAAAGAAGGAAUUGAAAAAAUUCUUUCAACAAUGAUGCCAAGUUUAGAAGAAGUUGAAAGAAUUCGCGAAGCCCAAGCAGAACAGCCAGAUACUCCCCUUGGACCUGCUGAACAAUUUAUGCUUUCUUUAUCAGAAAUUGAUUGUUUAUUGGAAAGAUUACGUUUGUGGUUAUUUAUGUUGGAUUAUCAAAAUGUGGAGCAAGAAGUUGCUGAUGCUUUAAUGGAAUGGAAUAAUGCUAUGAAACAGGUGGAAGAAUCAAAAACUUUCCGUGCUGCAAUGGGAAUGCUUUUAGCCAUUGGAAAUGCUUUGAAUGGCACAGAUAUAAAAGCAUUUCAAUUGGAUUAUUUAUCUCGUGCUUCAGAAGUUAAAGAUCCAGUACAUAAAUAUCCUUUAACACAUCAUUUGGCAGAAUAUAUGAUUGACCAUUAUACAGAGGGAAGUGAUAUGUAUUCUGAAUUGGGUUCUGUUUCUAGAAGUUCGAGAUUAGAUUUUGAAGCAUUUUUUGAUAAUCUCAAAAAGAUGGAACAAGAUUGCAAAAAUUGUUUUGAUUAUGUUGCUAAAAUCUCACAAAAAGAUAAUAAUAGUUCAAUGAAAAAGAAAGUCAAUGAUUUUCUUACGGAAGUAGCUGAACGUAUUCAUCGACUUAAACAUGUUCAAAGAACUACUGCACAUAGAUGGAAUGCUUUUCUACUUUAUUUUGGCUAUUCUCCAAGCGAAGUUAAAGAUCAAAAACCUGUAAAUGUAUUUAAAAUGGUUAUUGAAUUUGCAUUAGAAUAUCGAACAGCUAGAGAUAAAAUAUUACAAACACGUAAACGUUUGGCUGAUAAACGUGAAAGGAAUAAAACAAGGGGAAUGAUGAUUGGAGCUGCACAAAAUGUUGCUGGAAAUGUAAUAAAUAAACGUAGAGGGGCAAAGGAAGGGGGUGCUGAAUUAAUGACUGAUAAAGAGAGACACCAAGAAAUGUCUCGUCUGUUAACGGGUGGUGGAGGGUUAACCAAUGGGGAUGAAACAUUAACUCGAAAAAAAUUGGGAACCACUAGACCAUCACAAAGGCCAAUUAAUGCUGCAGAAAUUGUUGGUGGGGAUGAUUAUAAUGAUGAAUUGCUUGAUGGGGUUGUUCGUACUGUGACGGCGCAGACUGACACGCGUGAAGCUGGAAGGAGAAGGGCGAGAGUGUUACAUAGAAAAUCUCUUCGACGUACUCGAACAAUUCAACAAGAACAAUUGGUUGAUUUAAAUAAUGGUCACAAUGUUACCUUAAGUUAA